AUGGCAGCGUCCUCCCUCAGACCAGCCGUCAGCCAGCUCCGGUUCUGCUCCUCCGCCGACGCUGCAUCCCCUCGUGCACGUCCGAACACUGCUUGUCUAGCGAUGGCUCCCAACGGAUUGAGCUCGCUUCAGUGCACCCAUCAACCUAGACUCCGUCUUCAGACUAGCAGUAACAAAUUCCAUUCGCGGAGUAACAUCGCCAGCUCUUUCUUUGGGGAUUCUCUUCCUCGGUUCCAAUCAGCGUCUAUUUCGUCAGCAUCAAUCCUCCAAUCGCAGCGAAAUGUCGCCAGACGGAAUCUCUGGAGCUCGCCGCAGGCGGUUUUCCAAUGGGGGAAGCGGCCGGAGUACAAGGGGACGCCACCACGUGUCAUAGUGGUGACAUCGGGGAAAGGAGGUGUCGGAAAGACGACUAUGGUGGCUAAUAUCGGAAUGUGCCUCGCUCGGUUGGAGUUCAAAGUCGUCGCGAUAGACUGCGACGUGGGUCUCAGGAACCUCGAUUUGCUCUUGGGGAUGGAGGCUAGGGUAUUUCACACCGUUCAAGAUGUGUUGGCAGGGGAGGCUCGUCUUGAUCAGGCGCUUGUACGCGAUAAGCGCGUCCCCAAUUUCGAGCUUCUCUGCAUUUCCAAACCUCGGUCUAAAAUCGAUUUGAAUUUCAGCGGCAAGUCGCUGAUUCUCCUAGUGGAAGCCUUAAGAGAGCGCGAAGAGGGGUGCCCUGAUUUCAUUCUUCUGGACUGUCCAGCGGGGAUCGAAGCCGGGUUUAUAACGGCAAUCACGCCGGCUAACGAGGCGAUUAUCGUGACGACGCCGGACGUGACGUGUCUGAGGGAUGCGGACAGGGUUGCGGGGUUGUUGGAGUGCGACGGCAUAACGAACGUGUCGCUGCUGGUGAACCGCGUGCAGGCCGAUCUGAUCAAGCAAGGCCAGAUGAUGUCCGUCGGGGACGUCAGGGAAAUGCUUGGACUUCCGCUAUUGGGGGUUAUUCCGGAAGACACGGCAACAAUUGGAGCAUCCAAUCAGGGAAUGCCGCUUGUGCUGAAGAAGCCACCUACCAUGGCAGGCCUGGCAAUGGAGGCUGCAGCUUGGCGGCUGGCUCAAGGGGAACAGAUGGAUGUGGUUGUGCUUCCAGAGGAGAAGAAAGGGUUUCUCGCCUUUUAG